AUGAAGAUUGUGCUUGUCACAUUCGAGCAGACAAUUCACUUCUUCUCGGCCUAUGCCCCGCAGACCGGUCGCAGCAACUCCGAGAAGGACGCCUUUUGGAAGAUGCUUGACAAGGAGGUCCGUGAAGUGCCCGCCGACGCACUCAUCAUCCUCGCCGGUGACUUCAACGGCCAUGUCGGUGAGACAGCAGACGGCAACCGCAGCCACGGCGGCAAGGGCUAUGGCCUACGCAACGACGAUGGCAACCGCGCCCUCGACUUUGCCAACGCCCAUGACCUCGUCAUCACCAACACCUGGUUCCAGAAGCGGUCCUCCCACCUCAUCUCAUACUACAGCGGCGGCACAAAGUCACAAAUCGACUACAUCCUUGUGCGACGACGUGACCUGAAGAUCGUCACUGAUGCGAAGGCCGUGCCCUACGAAACGGUAACAACACAGCAUCGGCCAAUCAUUGCAACGCUCCGCAUCAAGCCGCCAAAGCUGACACGAGAAGAACGAACAGGCCCUGCCCGCAUUAAGUGGUGGCGAAUGCGUGAGAAGGAGACGCAGAUGAUUUUACAAACUCGCCUGCCAGAUGUGACGACUGUCGAGGAAACAUGGCAGAAGACAAAGAACGCAAUCCACACAGCAGCCCGCGCUACUCUCGGCAACACCAAGCCUGGCACCCGCUUCAUCAAACGUGAUACGUGGCUGUGGACGGAGGAUGUAAUGGCCAAGGUCCGAGAGAAGAAGGGGACCUACCAUGCUUUCCUCAAUGACAGGACUGCUGCGAAGUGGAUGGCCUACUGCGAAGCCAGGAAGGCAGCAAAGAAAGCCGUUGCCAAGAAGAAGGCCGCUCACUAUACCGAGAUCUAUGAGAAGCUCGACACGCGAGAGGGCGAACGCGACCUCUUCCGUCUCGUGAAGCGCCGACAUCAGCAAACACAGGAUAUCGAACAGUUCCACUGUGUUAAUGAUGAGAACGGCAAGCUGAUCGUCAACAAGAAGGCCGCUGUGGAGCGAUGGCGACAGCACUUCGAAAAGAUCUUCACCGAGGAGUUCCCGCACCCGCCAAUCCCCCAGCUACAUCCCGUUCCCGGCCCUGUCCUGCCCAUCAAUGCUGAAGAAGUCGCUGAAGCACUCCAGCGGAUGAAGUCCGGCAAGGCAGCAGGACCUGAUGACAUCGUGGCAGAGCUCUGGAAAUCCAGGAGUUGGAACCCCGCCCCUUGGCUUGCCAAGUUGUUCAACCGCAUCGUCGAGGAGCGGAAAAUACCUGCCGACUGGCAGCAAAGCAUGACAGUGCCCAUCUCUGUAGGCGUGCACCAAGGCUCUGCCCUCUCACCCUUGCUGUUCAUACUCGUCAUGGACACCAUCACUCGUGACCUCCAACGAACGCCGCCCUAUACUAUGCUCUAUGCAGAUGAUGUGCUCCUCGCCACCCACGACAAGACCGACCUGCAGCUGCUCGUCCAGACCUGGCACGAUCGCCUUGCACAAAAUGGGCUGCGACUGAACCUCAAAAAGACCGAGUACCUGACAACAGAUGUGAACGUAUACGGCACAAUCAAGGUCAGCGGUGUUGAUCUGACCCGCACAGAGCACUUUAAAUAUCUUGGCUCGUCGAUCUCGGCUGAUGGUAGCCUGAAGCAUGAAGCCAACGCGCGGGUCAAUGCUGCUUGGCUGAAGUGGCGCUCCACUACCGGGGUGCUCUGUGACCACCGCAUGAAGGAUCGCCUAAAGUCAAAGAUCUAUCGCGCAGUCAUCCGCCCAGUCGCUCUCUACGGCUCAGAGUGCUGGCCCACCACUAAGGAGAUCGAGUGCCGCCUCGCCGUCAUGGAGACAAAGAUGCUGCGCUGGAUUAGCGGCAACACGCGUUUCGACCACGUCCGAAACGACGACAUUCGCCGGCGUUACGGCGUCGUUCACAUCACAGAGAAGAUGCGUGAAGCACGCCUCAGAUGGUACGGCCACGUACUUCGUUCAGAUGCCGUCUCACUUGCACACAUCGGCUUCAGCCUUGAAGUGCCCGGAAAGCGCCCAAAAGGCCGCCCAAAGCAGCGCUGGACAGACACGCUGCACAUUGACCUCGCCGCUGCACGACUCCACCCAGACCAAGCUCAUGACCGAGAAAAAUGGCGACUGCGAUCCAGACGAGCCGACCCCAAAGGCUUCACAUAUCCAAAAAUCAUUUCACAAAGUGCUUUUCAGUGCUUCAGCCAUUUUCAAGACUUUACGCCUUUUGACGCUUCAGUGAUUCUCCUAUCAAAGGCUUCCUGUGAUAUACGGCAUCCUCUCAAGUUCUUAGGCUUCAAGGGCACAUCCUGUAUGCUUCCACAAAAGCCAGAUUUCAAACGUCAUCCGUUGCCCGGUUACCAUCGCUUCUAG